AUGACAUUUUCAGAGUUACGGGGAAGUUUACCCCAGAUAAUCGCUGUUUCCAUAAAGAAUAUAAUUUUAGUCGGUUUCGGUAUGACAAUCGGUUUCCCGACAGUUUUAAUCCCAGCUUUACAACAAACAACAGAAAGAAAGCCUUCAAGUGAUUUAUCUUUAAACAACUCUCAGAUAUCUUGGAUAAGUUCAAUAAAUUUAAUAUGCGUGCCAUUGGGUUGCAUAUUUUCGGGAACUUUCACAUAUUAUCUUGGAAGAAGACGAGCGAUGCAAAUCGUAUGUAUACCGAUAUUUAUAUCUUGGAUUAUAAUUUAUUAUGCUAAGGACGUUGCGCAUCUUUACAUUGCACUCUGUUUAAGUGGAUUCACAGGUGGAAUACUUGAAGCACCUGUGCUAACUUAUGUUGCGGAAAUUACAACACCAAAGCUUCGUGGAAUACUCGCAGCAACUGGAAGUUUUUGUAUAAUCCUCGGAGUGUUUUCUCAGUUUUUGAUGGGAUUAUACUUUGACUGGAAAACAAUAACAAUCUUUUCUACUUUUGCUCCAUUAUUGGCAAUAGUUUUAUUGUUCUUCGUACCUGAAUCACCUCAUUGGUUAAUCCUCAAAAAAAGGGAUGAAGAAGCAAAAUUAUCCUUGAUGUGGUUGCGUGGGUGGCACAAAUCAUAUGAAAAUGUUAAGAAAGAGUUUGAAGAACUUCAUUCGUGUUUAAUAAUGCAAGCACACUCAAAAGAAAAAGCAAUUCAAGAGCUUUUGAAAGCUUUCAUGAAACGAACUUUCUUCUUGCCAUUCUUUAUAUGCACAUUAGGGUUUUUCGUCGGAAAUUUCAGUGGAAUGACGACACUACAAACUUAUGCAGUCCCAAUUUUCGCCGAACUUAAAGUUCCAAUUGAUAAAUACUUUGCUACUAUGUUGCUUGGAAUCAUGGAACUUCUCGGAACUGCAAUCUGCGUGAUUCUCGUACGAUUUGUAGGGAAACGGAAACUGACAUUUGUAUCACUUCUUGGCUGCAGUAUUUGCUUCUUUUCAACUGCAAUGUACGCGUUUUUUAUCAAUUAUUCACCUUCACAGUUUCAAGCAAACACGCUUGUUAUUAAUCUACCGAUGAACAUUGAAAAUUCAACAGAGAAUUCACCUCGGGCAAUAGAAACAUUCUCACAUUUGGCAGUGGAUGAAGAACACUUCAGUUAUUUACAUUUGUCACCUGAUGAUGUCAAUAAAACUUCAUCAAUUAUUACUGACCUUAAUUCAAAAACUUCAUCUUCAAUCUCUUGGAUUCCAUUAACACUUCUUCUUGGGAGUGCAUUGUUGUCACAUAGCGGAAUAAGAUUACUUCCUUGGAUGUUAGUUGGUGAGGUUUAUCCUGCAAAGAUUCGUGGACUUGCUUCAGGAUUUACCGGUGGUUUCAGUUACAUUUUUGGCUUCUUGGCUAACAAACUCUUCCUCACCAUGGUUGCCAGUUUUACUUUGCCAGGAACAUUUCUUUUUUACUCAUGCGUUGGAUGUUCUGGUUGUCUAAUCUUGUAUCUCAUUUUGCCGGAAACUGAAGGUAGAACACUUCAAGAAAUUGAAGAAUAUUUUCGUGGCUAUCAUAAACUUCCGAAAACAAUAAAACAUAAUCAACCAACACAAGGCAAUGCUAACAAUUUUAAUCACGAAAGAUGGAACAUUAAUAGGAAGUUUGAAGAGCGUCACAAAAGCACUGAAAAUAAUUUUCAAACAGCAAAUGACAAUGAUUUCAUCGAUACUUACAUCUGA